GUCCCUUUGCCAGCAGCAAAAGCGUCAACUGAACUUGAUAAUAUCCAAUCUAAAGUAUUAGAAAAUGUACCAACACCUUUUUAUGCUAAAAAAACCUUUGAAGAACAAAUAAACAUUUCCACAAACAACCAGACAAGAAUUAUUCGAGACACCAU